GUGUAGAACUCCAUUAUCGACCGACGGUCAGAAAAAAUGAACAUUUGAACAAUGAACCUCUACCACUCAGAACCGGAGCCAGAAAAAGAUGGGAUGUUGUUGUGACGAAGAAGACGAGCUGCUUUUUGUGCCAUUGAAUCCACCGGAAACCGUUCAAACUCCUCCCUCUUCGUCUUCCGGCACAACCACAGCCUACGGCGGAGACGCCGUUAUCUCCCCGAUGAAUUCCAAUUUCCCUGCUUUGCUAUGCCAGGACACUCUCCGCGCGAUCCUCGAGAAGCUCCCUCUGCCUGACUUAGCACGCGCGGCGUGCGUUUGCAGGCUCUGGAAUGCAGUCGCCUCCGAUAGGGAGAUGAAGACCAGUGCGUUCAAGGCUCCAUGGAAGCUCAAGGACAUCAUUGGAAACCCUAGCUCGGGUGCUUUCUGGAGAGACAAUAGCAUCUCCAAAUUCGCCAUUUCUCACCGAAUUGUCCGUGGUGAUAGUUUAGCUAGCCUUGCUGUCAAGUACUCAGUUCAUGUUAUGGAUAUAAAACGUUUGAACAACAUGAUGAGUGACCAUGGCAUAUACUCAAGGGAGAGGUUACUCAUCCCCAUCAGCAAUCCUGACCUGCUAAUGGAUGUCACAUGCUAUGUGGAGCUGGAUACCCAUGCAAAAAGGGAAGUGGCAGUGUUAUAUCUUGAGGGAUGCCCCGAUAAAAAUCCCAGUUGUCUGUUGAGAGGGCUCACGACAUCUAGACAUGGCAAGAAAAGGGUGAUUGACUCCUUGAGGAGGAGCAUGCGAGUUGACGAUGAAACUGCUCGAUACUACUUGGCAGUGUCCAAUGGUGAACCCAGAACAGCCAUUUUACAGUUUUCUGAGGAUAUGAGGUGGGAGAGACAGGUCGGGCUGGCUUAGUUUUCAAAUCUUGUUUCAGAUAUGAGGUGGGAUUUUAUGCAUCUAUAUAUUGUUUGUUUAAAAUUUACUGUUGAAAAGGAUCCCAUGAAGGGCAAGUUGUUGAUCAAUCAAAAACAGCAGAACAGGCUAGGCAAGUACUUGUGUCAUUCUUUGUGUCUGCUUAACCGUGUUGUGCUCUCAUAUAAAAUGUACUACGUAUUUCAC